UGGUCUGCCCAAGCACUAUAAAAAAGAAUCCCUCAGCAAUCUGUGACUCUGUCGAGUUCUAAUUAGAAAUUAUUUCCACUCUGAGAUUUCCAGUCAUCGAGUUCAUGAAAUUCUCGAGUGCAGUUGUUCAAUCUUGAUAAGUGCGGGCAGUGAUAAGGCAUUUCGCCCCCAUGAAAUGGCGAACAUAACCCUGUUCAACAUGACAUAUCCCCAAUUCCCUGAGAAUCAAGACCUUGUCAUUUUCAUCAUCGAAUAACAGCCUUGGAUUAACUUUGUAAACACGAAAUCUUUGUCAAGUGUACCAGUGACUUGGAUAUCAAAAGAACAAUUCCCUCGAGUGAAUUGAAACGAUAAUGGGGCUGCUAUUCGCCAAACUUUGGAGUCUCUUCGGCAACGAAGAGCACAAGAUUGUGAUGGUGGGUCUCGAUAACGCCGGGAAAACAACGAUUCUCUACCAAUUUCUAAUGAACGAAGUAGUCCACACGUCACCGACAAUCGGCUCAAACGUGGAGGAAGUAGUGUGGAAAAAUAUCCACUUUAUAAUGUGGGAUUUGGGGGGACAGCAGAGUUUACGAGCCGCCUGGUCUACAUACUACACCAACACCGAAUUCAUAAUCAUGGUGAUUGAUAGUACAGACAGGGAGAGACUCAGUGUCAUUAGGGAAGAGCUCUAUUCCAUGCUGAAUCACGAGGAAUUGAGCAAGGCCAAUGUCUUGGUUUAUGCUAAUAAACAAGAUUUGAAGGGGAGCAUGAGUGCAGCUGAGAUAUCGAGACAGCUCGACUUGACAUCGAUCAAGAAACAUCAGUGGCAUAUACAGAGUUGUUGUGCACUCACUGGGGAAGGACUCUAUCAAGGACUCGAAUGGAUCGUUGGACGCCUCAAGAAAACAUGACGGAUUAUAUCACCCGCAAUCUAACAAUAAUGGUUGUACAAAUUGACUAUGUUCUAUCGUAUGUGAGGAUUUUAAUUUUUUUUAAAUUAUACAAAGAAACAUGUGUAUGGAAAUAUCUGGUGGACGGGAGAAUGCUGAAGGUGAAAUUCAACGUGAGAUGCCUCGACUGAAUUCAUUCGUGUUCCACUAGUUGCAUUGGAGUCAAUCGUCGAUACUCAUUUACGGUUAAAUAAGGUAAUUCAAAGUACGUAAUGAAGCCCGUCCACCCUCCAUAAUGAUAUAGGGAGAAUGGAGAGCCCUUUCAAGCCGUGAAUUUAAUAAUUCAACAAGCGAAGUGUUCGACCUGUUGAGCAACUUCACAUGCAUCUACUAAUUUUUGUAAAUAAGCUUCAGUAAGUACUGUUUAAUUCUGUAGAUAGCAAAUUGCUCAUUUAUCCAUGGAGUAUUAUUUUUUAACCAUUAACAUCACAAAAAUGUCGAGGAAAAAAUAUAUUCUUACACCAAGAAUGCGUUUAGGAUGUGGAUGGAUUAUUCUUCAUUUGAGAAUUUUGUUUUCGUGUUUCAUUCGGAAUUUGUAAAACAAUAUAUUAUUGCGUACUUUAACGGCGAGAGCAGGUUCUUAACAAAAUGAUCUGUUGCACGCAAUGUAAUGUUUUCCAUUCAGACAUUUCCACAUUCUAAUUGCAUGAUAUACAGAUUGAAUUCCACGAAAUUGUUAUUUGCCAUUCCAAUUAUACAUUGCGCAAUCUGAAUUUCACAUUCUCAAAUUAUACCUGUCUAAAUGCACACGAUAAACUGAACAUUUACAGGUUUCAGUUAUACAAUGUGGAAUUUAGAUUGCACAAUGUAAAAUUGGCUUUAUACGUUUCAAUUCAAUAUAAUUCAAUUUAAAUAUUGUAAAUAUUUAAUUUAUUGUGUGUAAUGUGACAUUCAUAAUUGAAGAGUUGUAUUGGAUUCAGGUUCGAAAUGCACACAAUAAACUGAACAUUUACAUGUUUGAAUUAUAUAACGUGGAAUUGAAAUUUCACAAUGUAAAAUUGGGUUUAUAUAUUUGAAUUCAACAAAAUUCAAUAUUUAUGUUGUGUAAUUAGGAGGUCACCAUUAAAUUUAAUGGAGAAAAGGGCUUAAUGAUAAACAUAAAAAAAUGAUAAUCUUGUAAAAUAGGCCAUUUAGUCCCUUUAUUAUUUGAGAAUGUGAUGAAUUGCAUUAAGACCUUGUCUACAGAAAUUUUAAUCCCCAUAUUCUAAUUACAGGAUCAAAAAAUUACUAAAUUGGAAUGUAUUACUCUAAUUACGCACUUUAAAUUCAUUUUGACAAAUGUUUAAUUUAUUGUGCGCAAUUCGACGUUCAUAAUUCAAGAUUUAUACUGGAUUUUAAUUUUCUUGAAUUCCACAUUCUCAAAUUAUACCUAUCGAAUUACACACGACAAACAUUAACAUUCACAAGUUUAAAUUAUAGAACGUUGAAAUCAGAUUACACAAUGUGUCAUUGUGUUUCCACAUUCGUUUUAGUAUAAUUCAAUAUGCAUAUCGUGUGAUGAGAUGGUAAUAAUUAUAAUUUCUGUAAAGAAGAUCUAAAUGCAAAACAUUAAAUACUUCAAAGAAUGAAGGGACUCUUCUGACACUCCACGUAGACUAUUUUGUUGAGAAAAUGUUGUGUAAUGAAUGAAAGUUACUCAACAAGUUCGAACCAGAGCAGACUAUUCUGUGAUAACGUGAUUUUAACAGUGAGACAGUUGUUCCCUCAACAAUAGCAAUAUCCUUCGUUUCCCCGGUAGAAUAAAAAAACAAUUCUAUGAAAAAUAAUUGGUUGAAAUAACAAGCUCAAAGUGCUUUGAGGUGCAUUGCAGAUACCACAACGACAGCUGUCUUUAUUUUAUUCUCCUCCUUUUGCAUUAUACGUCUUUAUUGAUCUGUAGGUAGUAAUACUCUGCUAGAUAAUUUUUUCUGUAGAACGAUAAUGGAUAACGAAAGGGUUUUAACUGAGUGCGAGAUAGUUCAAACGGUUGGUUAACGAUGCCGUCACAUUAAUUAAACAGGGAGUGAGACAUUGAUGAAAACAGUGAAAAUAUAAAAGAAAUGAUAUAAUUUUUCUCAUAUUGAGAAAAUAGGUGAAAUUGAGAGUAAUACACUAGUGAAGGGCUCAUCAUCACACUCUUCUCCCCUUGAAUUUAUCUCUGGAGUGUCUCAUGCGGGCGUUGGUGGCAGAAAGGCCGCAUGAUUUUUCACAUUGAUUUGAUCACUUCCCUUUGUACUGUGUCAACGGACAUGUUGGAAAGUAAAACCACCGAAUUUUCUUGGUUGUAUUAAGAUAGUUAAAAUAUCAAAAUGUAAUUGAUCAUUGUGUAUUAUAAUACUGGUCUCAGUGCGAACAAAGAACCAUGGAAAAUUGUCAAAGAUGGAGGAUUAAUGAUGGUGUAGAUGUAAUUUUUGUCUAUGAAUUUGUUGAGAGGGUAAAGUUAAUGGAAUUAUCAUGUAUAAAAUGAAUAAUAAAUAUGAUGCAAUCGA